AUGAAGAAGACGGGCAACAUAAUGCAUGAUCUUUUAAACUAUGCAAUCGGGAAAGAGAUAAAAGCAGAGCUCAAGACAUUUUCGCUUCAAUUGUUACAUCGGAAAAUACAGUUUACAGCUAAUGGAUACUUUACGCUCGAUAAUACUUUUCUUUAUUCGGUGAGAAUAAUUAGAAUUGUAGAAGUUUGUAUAAUUCGCCAGAAAGAGUAA